GAGGGGCGUGUGUUUGGACUUUGGAGGGACAACCCCCGCCAUCACUUGGCCGAGUAACAAACGAGGAUGGAACACUUGCAAUGCGUCCCGAUUUCAUGUUGUCUUCCGGAGCAAAACCAAAGCUCCACGUUGCAGAUUGAUGACAAAUUAUUAAAAAUGUUUAUUCAUAAAUAAAAAUAAAAUAGCUGAAAUUAUACUACUUCAAAUUAAAUAAAUUUGUUAACACCAAUUCUUUGAAACUCUCCUACGCCUCCACGACGUCGCUGCUGUAUUCACCGCCGUUUGUAUCGCCGGCCCUCACGCUGCCGCCGUGCUAGCCAGAAUGAAGCUGAGAGUGGUCUCCAGGAAGAUUUACGAUUACGUUCGAAAAGAUCUGAAGGAGAUUGCAUUUCCUUCGUCGUUGCCUGAUCCGCCCCACAUCAAAAAGCGCCAAAAGCUUACUUGGAAGGAGCGAUACCUUGUUAGUUAUCUUAAUCACGAUUCUCUUCUUGCACUCCUGUUUCAAAUAAUUGUGGUAGUGCAGUUGAUUUUUCGUCUCAUUUAUUGGAAUAAAAUCCUAUUUGAUUGCAUAAACAAGAUGAAACCUACCAUCUUUAUUGAUACUUGUAUAUGUGGAGAUGCUAAGGUGUUGAAGGAAGCAUCUAGACUGUAUGCUGCAAGCUGGGUCAGGGAUAUAGGUCCAGAACUCAGGCCAAAUGAAUACAAACAGAAAGCGGAGAAUGAAAAUAACCUCAAUGGUGAAAAAGGGAUGUCGAAAGAGAAGGAACCGUCAACUCUAGAGGAUCUUGCUGUGGCUGCAAGAGGAGGAAUGGAGACAUUAAGACCUGCUCUGCAGCGAGUUUACAUGACCAGAGCUUCUGCUUAUAGAGAUGCACUUAAAAGUUUUAUUGAAGGUUAUCAAGAGGGUAUACAACAAGUUAUGGAGAAGAAGGAAGAUUCCAAAAAUCAACAAGAACCCCACCCUCCCAAAGGAUAGAUUUCAUUUGCAAGAGAAUUGGUCCGAUUCUGCGAUUCCAUUUGGAGAAGUUCUUGUUGUAACCAGCAUUAAAGAACUUUAUAUUGUGCUGAAUCGAGACAGAACUCAUCCUUAUUUUCCUCAUUCAAAAAGUGGAAUUAACAUAUUAUCUGGAGACAGCAGCUUAAGAGAGAAUGGUAGUUUGUGACAGUUUUCAAGUAAA